UCCUCAGAUCCAGAUCCUGUCUUCUCUCUCCUUCUCCUCCGUCUGGUCCGCGUGUGCAGCUGUGCAGGGGGGACCGACUGCUUUGCCUGCGCGCCUGCCUCCUCCCUCCGCGCCUAUCUCCUGUCUUGCACCCGCAGCAUCAGCAACACAAUAGAGAGUCGUGGGCUCUACCUCUACACGAGCGGCGAGGACGAAGAAAAGCGUCCAAAAAGAGAGAAAGCGACAGGGCAAAUUCCAGCCGUUCAAGCGACUUUUCGGGGGGAAGAAGAAGAAGAGAGAGCCCAAAGCCGGGUUUGAUGGAGCUGAGCUUAAGUCCAGCUUUUCCACUGGGGAGGUCUGCAAUGGAGUAGUGUCUGAAGAUGAGGAGGGCAGUCAACAUCUGAGGGAGGUGAACCCCAUAGGAGCUCGAGCGCUCUCACACGACAGCAUCUUCAUCCCAGAAGAAACUACGUCCAAACAGGAGGACGGAGGGGGAGAGCACACAAUGUCCCAGGAAAACGUCUCGGAUAAAGUCAGGAAUCUGCAGAGGCAGAUUGCGUCAAGUAUAAAGUUUGGACAGAAGCCUCCCUCUAUGCGCAGAAGUGAAGGAGAUGAGGGCAGUACAGACGAUGAGGAGCUUCCCAGGAGUCCCAUGAAGGUCCAAGUGCUAGCUCAAAUCCAGGUCCCACUUGAAACAGAACUACCCUCACCCGAGCCAAAACCUGUCCCAGCAGCCGCCCCUCACAGCAGCCCCCCAGCAAAGUCUCCCAGAUCCAAACGAGUUCUUCCUCCCACUGGGACCAUCGAGUCUAUAAACCUGGACGCAGUUCCUCAGAGCGGCCCUCGUCUGGACAACACUGCGGCAAAACAUAAACUGUCAGUCAAACCGAAGAACCAGAGAGUGUCUCGCAAGCACCGGUGUUACACACAGGACCUACAGGACGUGUCUAUUCCGGGUUUGUUGGAAGAGGACUCUGAAGCUCCUUGUUUCUCUGCUGCAAACCAGCGCCGAGCAUCAGCCACAGAGCCACUCCAGCCCUCCGAGAGCCUGAGAAGGAGGCAGCAUGAGGAGGAAGUGAGGAAGAGGAGGGAGGAAGAGGAGAGGAGACGAGCUGAAGAAGAAAGGAAACGAGCUGAGGAGCAGAGGAUUAGGGAGCUGGAGGAGGAGAGGAGACGCAGAGAGGAGGACGAGAGGAGACGUAGAGAGGAGGAGGAGAGGCUUCACAGAGAGGCAGAGGAGCGAAGGGCGAGAGAGGAGCUGUUACGGCGACAGAGAGAGGAGGAGGAGAGGAGACGAGCUGAGGAGGAAAGAAAGAGACAUGAGGAAGAGGAGAGGAGGAGGCGAGAGGAGGAAGAGGAAAGGAGGCAGCAGGAACUACUGGAGAAGCGACUGAGAGAGGAAGAGGAAGCGAGGAAAAGGAAGGAGGAAGAGGAGAGAAAGAGAAGAGAGGAGGAGGAAGCCAGGAAGAGGAAAGAGGAAGAGGAGAGAAGGAAACAACAGGAGGAGGAGAGAGUGAGGAAAGAGAAAGAGGAGGAGCUGAGGUGGAAGGAGAUGGAAGAGAGACAGAAGCCCUUUUCAUUUAAGGUGUCGUCUGGAGAGAAGCAGAUCCUGUUCCAAAAGGUAAACUUGACGCCAGUUACACCUGGAUCCGCUCAUCACCAGGGGGCCACUGUAGCAGAUCACAAAGAGAGCGCUAAACCCGCCUCCUCUGAAGACCCUUCAAACCUGUCCCCCUCCACCUACAUCCCCCACACCGCCAUCUUAGUGACUGGGGCUCAGCUUUGUGGACCUGCGGUAAACCUUGACCAGAUCAAGGACACUGCAUGUAAAUCUCUACUGGGUUUGGAUGAGAAGAAGACACCAGGAACCCCAACUAAAAACAAAACUUCCCCAGAUCGCAAAUCUGGCAAAACAAAAUCCCUCAGCGAAGCCUCCUUUUCCACUGACCAACCCGGUUCAGAUGUCCUGGCAGAGUGGGCAAGCAUUCGAUCAAAGAUUUUCAAAGGGGUAGAAGAUGGAAGCUACCCCGAUCCAGAAAUGACAAAAUGCCAACCGCCUCCAGAAGAGCAACCUGCAUUCUCCCAUACACACCUCAGAAAAACUAUGUCCGCUAGCGCCAAGUUCUCAAUCACGCCAGCAAAAAAGAAGUUUGGAGAUUCCAACAGGAACUCUGAGGUUUUUAGUCCAGAAGAUGUAAGUGAAAUGUCUUAUGAACCUCCAGUGUCUCCAGCGCCUAAACCGAAAAACAAAAGUGUCAGAAUUGUGGAGAGGGCAUCGGAUGAGUGCGUUUUUGCCAAAGACUUGCCAUCUUUCCUUGUACCAGGGGUUAAACCUGAAUCAGAAAUGUUAAAAACUAGGGCAUAUAGUGAGAGUUAUGAAAUUAAAGACUUAGACGAAGACUUGAAUCUGGAUGGAGAGGAUGCACCAUCUCCUUUUGGGAUCAAGUUGAGGCGGACUAACUACUCUUUACGUUUCCAUAAUGAACAAUCCACAGAAAAGCGAAAGAAAAGAUACAGCGAUGGGGAUAGCUUUGACGGCGUUCCAUCACCUUUGACGCCUAUAGAGCCAAUUUCAGACAUUUCCUCAGUUUUUUCAGAAAGAGUCAGUCCUAUAUCACCACAAAAGGAAGGCGCUGUCAGCAAGUAUAUACACUCACCUAGGGCAAAACAAGCAAAGUCUCCAAGCCCCACCCCGCACACUGAAAGUGAGAAAAUCAUCUCAAAACCUCCAGUAUACAGGAGGCCAGCAACCUCUCCAAAACCAACUGGGUCAGUACCAACUCCCCCACCCUCACCCCUUCCUAAAGUGCACCAUGUGAUGCACAGUCCCAGAGAAGUGGUAGUAGAGUCAACAAGUCAUGAACAGGUAGGAGGUAGGGGAGAGGAGAUGCAGAGGUGCAGCCAAGGACACUCGCCAGGAGAGGAGGAGCCUAAGGAGAAAAAGUCCUUCUUUCCCUCCAUUAACAUCCCCUGGAGAGAGAAGAGUGACCGCAAAACAGAGCUUAUCCGAAAAGAGAAACCAUCCCUUCAAAGUAGGCACUCUCUGGACAGUGCAAAGGUGCAGGAGAAGGAGGGUGCCCCCCUCUGGAUCCAUUUAGCACUGCAGAAACAGAAGGGCUUCAGAGAGCAGCAGCAGAACCGUGAGGACCGCCGCAGCCAACGAGAGGCCAAACUAGCUGAGAAACACACCCGAGAGAGGGACAGUCUUACAUUACCGAGCCCCACAGACAGCAGAGGAAGUGGGAGCACUAGUCCCAGCUCAAAGCCUCAGACCCCUGAAGAACCCAAGAGACCGGACUCUCUCCUGGGACGAUUGGAGCGGCGUGAGCAACUCAAGAAGGCCAACACCCUCCCCAGCUCUGUGACAGUUGAGAUUGCAGAUUCUACUCCGUCUCCUCCUGCUGUCAAGGACGUGUCAAAACGCUUCCCCUCCAGCGACUCUGCACAGGUAUCCACUGAGCCGGCCUGGCUGGCUCUGGCCAAGAGGAAGGCCAAAGCCUGGAGCGACUGUCCACAGAUAAUCAAAUAGAGGAAAAUGACUUUCACUUUACCAUCUAUAACCUAUAGGGAUCUGAGAAAAAUAAGAGACCAAUGCAAGACAAGAUAAAAGUGCAAUAUAAAAAAAAACAACUUAACUGUAAAACUAUAUUUUUCUUUGCCACCAGUGGGUAGGCUGGCCAGAUGUACUCUAGAAAGAGUAUUGUUACAUCAAAAUAAGAUUACUUAAGUCAAAGUAAAUAUAUGGCAUUUUGUCUUCUACAUUUUGGGCCAAGUUUUAUUUUUGGACUAAAGACCAACCUGAAGUCAAUAUUAGGUGUUGUAAGUACUUUGUAACCAGUUUUGUGUCAGAUUGUGUCAAAGAAGGGGAAAAAAUAGCGGUCUCUUAUUUUUCCGUAAAGCUGUACCCUAUUUCCAAAUCUCCUAUCCCAUAAAACUUUGUCCACACUGGAUGGUACCCUUAUCAUGCUAAAGUGCGCUUCACAUCAAAAUACAAACGCACACUCUUAUGUAGUAUGUACUGCAGGCAUGCGCACACAUCACUUCAUGUACAAAAAAAGAGAAAAUGUUUGCUAAAUCUGCCACAUUCAGGGGACUUUUCCAAGCAGCCAAUCCCAAACGUGGCUGGCCAAUGCAAUAGCCAACUUUUGUAUUUAGUAGCCAACAGCGUCACCACGGAUGUAAAUAGCUCACUUAAAGAUAAUAGGGACAAUUCUGUAUGAGAGGUGAAUACAUUACAGUGUUUAUGAAUGGUGUUUUAAGGGCUACAGUAACAAUAAUCUAAAAUGAGAAGGCAUCUCUCCAGCUGCCCGGGCCGGUAUUAUUUAUGUAAAGCAAUGGAUUUGUCUGUGUUUUAACACUACUGUAUCUUCUGAGCCUUUUCUCUUUUUUACUUAAUGGAAAAUAACUGUGUCCGUGAUGACUGUGACAGUAACAAUACGCAGAUCAGCCACAACAUUAUGCCCAAAGAAUCAGCUCCAGUGAACUUCACAAUUAAACAAAUUAGGAGUGUAGGCAUAUGGCAUGGGGUCUAACAGACACACAUAGGUAUCUCAACUACUAGAAAGGUCACUUUUUCCUUCAGUUUGUUACAUUAACAGGCAGGUAGUCAUAAUGUUUUGGCUGAUUGGUGAUUUAUAAUGAGGUGGCCACACCUGAACACAGCACUGAAGACCACAAGUGUUACCUGGGCAUUGACAGCACUUCUCCUCCCAGACAAAUAUGGACAACUUCCUGCUUGCUGUAACAUAAAGCUUGUAACUAUCCCAUUUCACACUUGUGUUUUGUAGGCCAUCUCUUUCUGUAAGUGUAAUGAAACAUUUCCUGAAUGAAAAAAGCAACCCCCUCCCUUUCCACUCAAAGACCUGUAUGUUUGUAAGAAAGUUCUGUAACUAAGUCAAAGGCACUACGAGCUUUGGGCAGAAGGGAGCGCAGCAGCUCAGUCACUCGUCAUUUUGUUUAUAACUUUGGUCGUGCACAAUAGUGUAGUGUACGCAGUGUUAAUGUAACAAAAUGUUUGGUAUAAUUUGCACUUUUUUGUCCCACUUAGAGAUAUAAACAAGAAAAUUCUUGAAGAAAGACAAAAUGUUAUGAAUAA